AAACGAUAGAAAAUUCGUCGAGUUUCUUACCACAUUUGAUCAUUUACAUGUGUAUAUCGAAUUCAAUGGUUCAAGCGCUGCUGACAUACGAACACAAUAGUCUAGACGAUACAUUGGUUUCGGCAGAACGAAACCAUACAUUCGACCAGAAUCAUACAUCACACCGGCAGGGUCGAUGGUUUCCAUUUUACACACUCGGACGAUUCGUCAAUACACCAUGCCUUGGUUCGAAUCAAUUGAUGGGAACAUGCGUUUUGAGAGGAGAAUGCACAGACGCAGGCGGUGUUGCUACGGGAAGCUGCAAUUCGAUUACACGUCAAGCCAUUUGUUGUGUUUAUCAACAAACGUGCGGCGGAACCACAGCCAAUAACAACACAUACUUCGUAAGCCCAAAUUAUCCUGGCCUAUGGAGCGGUGGAACAUGCUCAAUCACAGUGAACCCGUGCAGUAGCACCGUGUGCCAGCUCCGUGUUGAAUUUUCCGAUUUAUCUUUAGCCGGACCAAGUGGCGACGGUGUUUGCAAUACGGACGUGAUUCAAAUUACUGGCGGAGCAACGGGCGUUCCAAAUAUAUGCGGAGAAAAUAGCGGUCAGCAUGUUGUUGUUGAUUUUGAUGGCACAAACUCCAUAUCAAUCACAAUUGCGGCCACGUCUAGUUUCACCUUUGGCAGACAUUGGUUCAUUAGAGCCACACAAAUCAAUUGUGAUUCAGCCAUGCGAGCUCCAUCAGGCUGUCUUCAGUAUCAUUAUGGCUCGACCGGCAUAGUGCGAAGUUUUAACUAUAGCCCGUCACCAAAUCCAAUGCUCAAUUCGAUUGGCGUAGAAGGAUCACGACAGAUUGCAGGUUUGAGCUAUGGAAUUUGUAUUCGAGCCAUUUCAUCGUGUUCAAUUACCUAUAGCAUAAUAUCGACCGAUGUGUAUUCAUUCACAUUGACCGGCGACGUCGGAGCCGUCGACCCUGCUCUCCUUGGUACCGGAACACUUCAAGAGCAAUUGUGUACAACAGAUUAUGUAAUCAUUCCAAAUCCCAGUCAAGACGGUACAUUGCUCACAAGCGGAAGUGAUCGAUUUUGUGGCCUUGGAUUGACGGCAACAACGAGUAAUAUUUUUCCGUAUGUGUUGUACGUGGUGACGGACGGAGAUGAAAAUUUGGAUAUUGGAAACAGAGGAUUUGCACUUGCCUACUCACAAAACAUGUGUCCCGUUGUAUAA